AUGUCAACUGUUGGACGUGAAGCAACUUCAACUACAGGUUCAGCUGUAGCUCAUACAGCCGUUGCUGAUAAUGUCGCUGUCAAAUCAGUUGUUAGUACUGAAACACAAUCAAAAGUUAAUAUGGAAAAUGCACAAAAAAUGGCUGCUUUAAUGAGUAAACUUGGUACAACUCAUCAACAAAUAGAUGAAUAUUCUCGUCGUCGUACAGAACAAAUUUCUGAAGAAGUUGCAGCAUCUAUUAAUCGAGUUGUUGCUGAUACUCAAAAUCAACAAGCAAAUCUUUUAGCUGAUGCAAAUGUUCGUUCAGCUGCUAUUGAAGAAGAAUAUAAACGUAAAUUACAAGAAUAUGUUCAAGAACUUGAUGCAGUUAAAGCACAAAAUUUAUCAACACUUGAAAAAGAUUUAAAUCUUCGUCAAGAAAUGAUUCUUGAAUCAGCUAAACGACGUAUUGAUGAAUUAAAUGAUGAAGCAAAUCGUUUGAAAUUAGGUGUUUUACGUGAAGCUCAAGCACAAGCUAAUGCAAAAAUUGAAUCUAUCACUGAUCAAGUCGCUAUGUUAGGUGCUCAAGAUGCUAAUCGUCUUUUAUCAUCAACAUCUACAACAGUUAUUACAACUGAAGCUAGAGCUGCUGGUGAAACUCAUGUUCCUGGUACAGCAGUCACUGCAAAUACCACAACUAAAACGGUUGAACAAUCAUCUGCUUCACAUUCUUCGACUUCAGCUACAACAAAACGUUAA